GAGUAAGCAAACAUCAGAGGAAAGGAAGCAGCAGAGUUCACUCAAAGUAGAUCCACAGCAGCAGCUAAAAAUGAUUUUCCUGGGUUUCCUGCUACUUCUGAUAGCUAAAGGAAAUGCAAGGUGUUCAGAUAGUUACAGCUGCACUCUGGAUCAUAUAGAGAUAACAGCUCAGUGUUAUAGUAAUGAUACUGCUUUGGUAAAGUAUACUGGUGGAACUAUGUACAAUCAAAUAAUGAUAGACAGUCAUUGCUACUACUACACCAAUGAUACAUUAGCUGGAUCUUAUACUCUUACAGAAGGCCAGAUUAAUAGACCUACAUGGAACAAAAUCAUAAACAUAAGUGAUACCUACUGCAUAUUCAAAGGAUGUGUAAGAGACACAGAAGAAAUCCCAUUCAUCACUUGCCAUAUACAAUCUAGUCCAACCUGCAGCUCACAGCAUGAUACUUCAUCCACAACUUCAGUGACUGAUUAUUCUAUUCAACCAACAAUCAUUAGCAGUUACAGCAGUGAGUUUUCGGAUUUUGCAAGUGAUAUGAUGAGCAUAUACAGUCUCAGCAGUACAUUAUUCAAAGACAGCAUUUUAACAAACAAUUUAAUGUUAUCAAGUAUCUACACAAAAAGCACCAAUAUCUUAAGUACCAAUACCUUGAAGGAUAGCAGUAUCUUAAGCACCAGUAUCUUAAGCACCAGUAUCUUAAGCACCAGUAUCUUAAGCACCAGUAUCUUAAGCACCAGUAGCUUGAGCACUACUGAUGAUCGCUCAACUCCUUCUUCAUUUCCCACUCCUUCAACAACUGGUUCUUCACAACCUUCUACUACUUUCUUCUCAUCAUUUUAUAUAAUUCUGUUAGCAGUGAUUGGUUUUAUUGCAUUGCUUGCAUCAUGCUUGGCAUUGACCAUCUGUAUUACUUAUUGGCAGUAUUCAAAGUAUCAAACUAUCAAAGGAAAGAAAAAAUUUGAAGACUUUCCAAUGUUUAACAUGGAAAUUUACAAACUCGAUAAUGUAAGCUUCUCCGGCUCUGUCAUUACUGUACUGCAGCCACUACAAGAAAUUGCUAUCGAGAGCACUACCAAGACAUCUGACAUUCAAACUGAUGACAGCAGCAGUUAUAAUGUAAAAAGAAGCUCCUCCGAGCCUGCUUUUAAUUCUCCUAUUAAAUCUCAAAGCAGCAACAGUACACUGAGUCUGGCAGAUGAUGAAUCAACUCAAACUAGAAAGAGAAGAGAAGUAGACACUAAUGCAGUGCUUGCCGUACAUUGCUCUGAAGACCUCAAGGACAACAACAAAGAAACAGAAAGGAUUAACUCUACCCCUUCUGUUAGAAGCACAACAAACGGCAUAACUACAACUACAAGCACUCCUACUAAUCAUCAUCCUGGGUCAAAAUUCCCUCCUCGAGUAUCAGUAAUCAAUGACGACACACUUGAAUAUGUAAAAAUGACUGACUUAAGCUUGCAACAGCAUCAGACCGAAGAUGACGAGGAAGGAGGAUACAGUAGCAUGUCUCUAUACGACACUUAAAACAAAUACACAUACAUACUAGCACUUCCCACAUGUGAACUUCUACAAAGUAUUUGCCCUUGUAAAGCAUUGGGCUCAAUGAUGUGAAUAGUAUCAUGCAUGAAUAGCCCAUUGUAUUUUUAGCCUCCCAGAAUUGUCUGUUGUUUUAAGAUUAGCUUCAUCAUUAUUUAUGUGAUAAAAUAACAAUAACAAUAACAGCAAUAACAAUAAUAUUAAUUCUUAUUAUAAUUGAUGCAAAGUACAAAACUAAAUACAAUUGUUCAUACAUGAAGCAAUUUUAAUACA